AUGACGAGUGUAUUCACCGCUACAACUUUGAAGUGGAAGAAGUACAAAAAACUUGGAGCCGGAUCGUACGGGACUGUAUACUUGGCUGGUGAAGCCAAUUCUCUAUUCCUGGGAGGACGUUCGUUUGCAGCAGUCAAGAGUGCUGGGUUUCAGCACUCAAAAGAAACUAUAAAGGAGGCGGAGUUCUUGAAAGAAGUAGCAGAUAAUCCCUACAUUGUUCGGUGCUUUGCCGAGGAUAUUAGCAUCGAGAAUGGAAAAGAAGUUUACAACAUGUUAAUGGAAUAUGCACCCGGAGGCACCCUUCAUGAUCUGAUCGUCGCUUACAACGUUAAGGGAAGUCUUAUGCCAGAAUCCCAUGCAGCCGCUUACGCCUGCAUGUUGCUUAGUGGUCUUUCCCAUGUUCAUCGGAGAGGGUUAGUUCACUGUGACUUGAAGCCCUGCAACAUCCUCCUUUUCCCAAAAAUAAAUGGGACUGAUUUGCUCCAUCUGAAGAUCGCUGAUUUUGGACUAGCCAAGCACGUUUGGGAGGAGGAUCGAGUCGAAUUGUUGCGUCGCCAUCGUGGCACGCGGGUUUAUGCAUCGCCGGAGUCCAUAAUGUUUGGGAUGCACGGGACGGCAACCGAUGUAUGGUCACUUGGAUGCACUAUCUUGGAGAUGAUGACGGGAAGGCAAACUUGGACGGACGAGGAGAUGUGGGAUUUGUAUGUUGAGAUGGUGCAAGGUCCAUCCUCAUAUAUAGAAGAGCAGUGUUCGGCCAAAACUCCAGAUUUGAAGCUGGUAGACUUGAAGGACAACCCACAAAGACUUCGAUGCAAAGAAGAUCUUCAGCUGACAAUAUCUACUACAGAACUACGUGGGGCUUGA